UAUCGCUGCAAUGCGAAUCGCCCUGUUAACUGUGACGAAUCGUUUCGUGUUGAGAGGUAAAGUUAACGGGUUAGUUUGUCGUAUUCGUGACAGGCAUUUUUGCAGUGUUUGGUCAUUGUAGCGAGACGAUAAGUGCGUGACGAUACAAAAGUUUGCAGUACAAAUGGAGUGCUUGAUUGGUAUCCAGUGCAAAGAUUUUGUGUUGGUUGCAGCGGAUAUGACAACCACACAGUCCAUCAUAGUUAUGAAAAGCGAUGAACACAAGAUUCAUAAGAUCUCUGACAAACUUGUCAUGGCGACAUCUGGAGAAUCGGGUGAUACAACACAAUUUUCUGAAUACAUUGGAAAGAAUAUUCAGCUUUAUAAGAUGAGAAACGGCUAUGAGCUGUCUCCCAAAGCUGCUGCUUGCUUCACCAGAAGGAAUCUGGCUGAUUAUCUCAGAAGCAGGACACCAUACUUUGUGAAUAUGCUGAUGGCUGGAUAUGAUGAUGAUGCUGGGCCUGAAUUGUAUUUUAUUGACUAUUUAGCAUCAUGUGUGAAAGUUCCUUAUGCGACUCAUGGAUAUGGUGGGAUGUUUUCCAUGUCUGUCCUGGAUAGAUAUUAUAAACAUGAUUGUACUGAACAAGAGGCGUAUGCAUUACUGAAAAAAUGUGUUCAGGAAAUACAUAAACGGUUGAUUGUCAGUUUGCCAAAUUUUAAAGUUCAAAAAGUAUCCAAGGAUGGAAUAAAGGAUAUGCAACCAAUCACAGCUGAAAAUAUUGCUAUUGAAAAUGCUGCUAAAGGAUAAAAUAUCUAUUUUACAUCUUAUCUACACGAAUAGGGAAAUUACUCUUCGGAUAUAGUAAUAAAAUGUUCAAAUACAAUACUUUUGCCACAAUAAAGCAAUUUUUCUUAUUUAAAUUUUCCAAACUGGACAUUUCCAAUUUCUAUGUAUUUUAUGCGUGUAACUUUUUCAUGUACAUUAAAUAUACAGUUGUAACUUA